UAUGGCCUCUCGGCAGUGUUGGAGGAGGCUGUGGAUGAGCAGAAUGUGGCGCCUGUAGGAGCAGUAAUGGAGGAUUCAUGGUGGAUUGAUGGAGUAGAGAUGAUGCGGACGGACCGGCUGCCGGCGGGCUGUUAGCGCGGAUGAUGGGUGUGUGUGUGUGCGCGCCGUGUGUGUGACGCGACAUCAGCGGGUCUCCAUGUCUGAAGGAUCCCGGACUCAGUGGUCCAAACGCGGCUGUGUCGAGUCUCAUCGCCGGGGUGAACCUCGUCAGGAAAGAGCUUUUAUUUCUCUACGGACGCUAAGGGCCGCUGUCCUCUGAUUGGCUCGGACACCCUCCUGUGACAUGCCCGUGGCCAAUCAGAGGUGCCUGAUGGCUGGGGACGUCGAGGUGUACCUGUCCCAGGUGCACGACGGGAGCGUGUCGUCGGGCUUCCGAGCCCUGUACGAGGAGCGCCUCCUGCUGGACGUGACCCUGCUGAUCGAGGAGCACCACUUUCAGGCCCACAAGGCCCUCCUGGCCACACAGAGCGACUACUUCCGGGUCAUGUUCACGGCGGACAUGCGGGAGCGAGAUCAGGACAAGAUCCACAUGAAGGGGCUGACGGCGGCCGGCUUCGGCCACGUCCUCCGCUUCAUGUACUACGGCUCGCUGGAGCUCAGCAUGACCACGGUGCAGGAGAUCCUGCAGGCGGCCAUGUACGUGCAGCUCACCGAGGCCGUGGAGUUCUGCUGCUCCUUCUUGCUGGCCAAGGUCUGCCUGGAGAACUGCGCCGAGGUCAUGAGGCUGCUGGACGACUUCAGCGUGACCGUGGAGGGCGUGCAGGAGCGACUGGACGCCUUCCUACUGGAGAACUUCGUGCCCCUGAUGGCCAGGCCGGACUUCCUGUCCUACCUGAGCCUGGAGAAGCUGGUGGUGUCUCUGAGCAGCGAGCGGCUCAGUCGCUUUCCGGAGAUCGAGCUCUACGAGGCGGUGCAGGCCUGGCUCAGGCACGACCGGCGCCGCUGGAGACACACGGACACGGUGGUGCAGAACCUGCGCUUUGGACUCAUGACGCCGACGCAAGCGUUCGAAAAGGUAAAAACCUCGGAGUUUUACCGCUACUCCCGCCAGCUGAGGCAGGAAGUGGACCAGGCGCUGAACUACUUCCACUCGGUGAACGAACAGCCGUUAGCCGACAGCAAAUCCAACCGGAUCCGCUCGGUCCGGCCCCAGACCUCCGUGUUCAGGGGGAUGAUCGGCCACAGCAUGGUCAACAGCAAAAUUCUGCUCCUGCACCGGCCCAAGGUCUGGUGGGAACUGGACGGCCCGCAGGUGCCGCUCCGACCCGACUGCCUGGCCAUCGUGAACAAUUUCGCCUUCCUGCUGGGCGGCGAGGAGCUGGGGCCGGACGGCGAGUUCCACGCGUCCUCCAAGGUUUACCGCUACGACCCGAGACAGAACUCCUGGCUGAGGAUGGCCGACAUGUCCGUCCCGAGGUCGGAGUUCGCGGUGGGCGUGAUCGGGAAGUUCAUCUACGCCGUCGCGGGUCGGACGCGCGACGAGACGUUUUACUCCACCGAGCGCUACGACAUCGCCGAGGACAAGUGGGAGUUCGUCGACCCGUAUCCGGUGAACAAGUACGGCCACGAGGGCACGGUGUUGAACGGGAAGCUCUACAUCACCGGCGGCAUCACGUCGUCCUCUACGUCCAAGCAGGUGUGCGUGUUCGAUCCCGAGCGCGAGGGCGCGUCCGAGCACCGCACGCGCCGCAAUCCCAUCCUCACCAACUGCUGGGAGAAUAAAUCCAAGAUGAACUACGCGCGCUGCUUCCACAAGAUGAUCUCGCACAACGGGAAGCUGUACGUCUUCGGAGGGGUGUGCGUCAUCCUGAGGGCAUCGUUCGAGUCCCAGGGCUGCCCUUCCACGGAGGUCUACAGUCCGGAGACGGACGAGUGGACCAUCCUGGCCUCCAUGCCCAUCGGGAGGAGCGGGCACGGCGUGGCGGUGCUGGACAAACAGAUCAUGGUGCUGGGCGGGCUGUGCUACAACGGCCACUAUAGCGACUCCAUACUGACCUUCGACCCCGAGGAGAACAAGUGGAAGGAGGACGAGUACCCCAGGAUGCCUUGCAAACUGGACGGCCUUCAGGUGUGCAGCCUGCACUUCCCCGAAAUAACCUGAUGAAACUGAUCCAAUGAAGAAAUAAUAGCCCUGUAUCUUAACUUUACCGGAGCAUUAAGAUGAUCAGAUUGCUAAAAUAUUUAGUAAUAUGUGAUCUGAUGUUUACUGCUAUUUUAAGACUUUGUAAUUUCUUUCCUGAAAUAAAUGUUCUUAUUUAA